GUGACCGUAACGCUUGCGACGAUUGGGCCUCCUUUUGAACUCCGAUUUAAUCCACCAUACACUCGUUACGCUUGGUUUCAUCAUUCUCCCUCUCUUUCUCUCUCUCUCCUCAAUUAUGCCACAUUAACCAAUUUUCUCCAAUCCUUUUUCAUUCCUUAUAAUCUCUCUUUCCCCUCUUUCCCCUCCCCCAAUUCCAGCCACUAUAUACCCACGGCAUGCCCGGCCGCCAUGCCCGCGGAACCUGACUUGUACCGCGAGGACCGCGAGGAUGCGCCGUUUCUGGCCUCCGAGUCCAAUGCGUCCAGCGAUGGCGCCCACGCCCACGAUAACGACCACAACGGCUAUACAAAGCCCACGUACCCAGUCCCCGCAACUGCCUCUGCCACAAACUCCGCCAGCAAGAUUACAUUCCGGCUGAAACUCAUUCUCUUCGCUAUGGUGCUGGCGGUGGAGGUCGGCUUUGCAUUCCUCGAAGGUCCGAUGGUCCGAAUCAUGGAAUCGAUCGCCUGUCGACAAUAUUACACCGAGGCGGAUCCGACUAAGAUUGGUGCGAAUGGCCAGGUCCCGGAGGAGCUGUGCAAAUUGGCCGAGAUUCAGGCCGAACUGGCGGCCGUUAAAGGAUACCAUAUGUUCUUUGAUGGGUUAUUAAGCGCGCUCAUGGCAUUCCCCUAUGGUCUGCUGGCAGACCGUCGUGGCCGCAAAUCAACCCUCAGCCUCGGUGUUCCCGGAUUCUUUCUAAACUCGGUUAUCACGAUCGUCGUCUUGUGGUUCUCGGAUAUACUGCCACUGCGGGCGGUUUGGCUAUCUUCUCUGGCAUGGUUGAUUGGUGGUGGACCGGUCGUGGCGUUUGCCAUUAUCUGGACGAUGAUGGCUGAUGUGACCAGCGAAGCGGAAAGGGCCGGUCUCUUCUUCCAAUUCGCUAUUGUCUCCAUGGGAGCCGAUUUUGUCUCUAGCGCCCUCGCUUCCUGGCUUAUGACCAUGGAUCCCUGGGCUCCGUUAUUAAUCGGAUACGCUAUCGUGACCGGUGGGCUGCUAUUUAUAUUCGUACUUCCCGAGACGAAGCACGCACUUCCAUCUCAAGACAUGGAGCAACCCCAUGUGGAGCUUUCCGAUCUCGCAGAGGAAUCCGACCCCAAGCACACCUACCAGAAGCCUGAGGAGGCUGGAAUAUACCACGAUGGCACUGAUAUGGACUUGGAGAACGACCACGAAGCGCACCUGACGUGGAGCUAUCCCACGCAGCAACCUCAGUCAUUAUGGGCCAAAUGCCGUGCCAAUUACCGAUUCUACAUGAAACCCUACCUUUUUAUCUUAAACCGAAAGCCAGUGCUUCUGCUUUUGACAGCUUUUUUGGUAUACCGUCUUAGUCGAGGCUCAUCCUGGUUUUUGACACAGUAUAUCUCAACACGAUACCAUUGGACACUUGCACAGGCCAACAUGCUUGUGGCCUCCCGACCAACGGUCUCCAUCCCCGUGUUCCUCUGGGGCCUGCCCUACCUCAAGAAAUACGCCCUGAAUCCACGCCGCACCACCACCGAGAAAGAUCUCUGGCUAUCCCGCGCGAGCAUCCUAUGCCUCACCAUCGGCACAUUGGGAAUCGGCCUCUCCCCCUCCGUGGCUACCCUAAUACCCAGCAUGAUCAUCCAAACCUCCGGAUCAGGCUUCGUAUUCCUCACCCGCUCAAUCAUCACCACCCUCGUCGAGCGCGACGAAACCGCCCGGCUAUACACGGUCAUCGAGAUUAUUCAAUCAUUUGGCAACGUCGUGGCCAGUCUAUCCAUUACGACGGUCUUUCAGCUUGGUUUGCGCCUUGGAGGAUUCUGGAUUGGUUUGGCGUGGAUGAUGACUAGUUCGUUAUUUUGCAUGGUGGCAGCCGCGAUAUGGUUCUUCCGGCUGCCACCCACACCACAGACGCCGGAGUUUGUGGUUGGGGAGUUUGAUGAGGGGGAAGGCUUUGCAUAGUUUUGCAUCGAGUUUGUAUAGUAUAGAGUCCGACCAUUUAGCGGCGUUCCGGUGUCAAUCAGCAUCAUUUUUGCAUUUUCUGAAUUAAAAAUAUUCUCUAUAGUACUUGUC